UCGUCUUGGUUUUGUCUCGCCUUCUUUGUCUCUCCGCGUCGUCGCCGGCUAAUCCAAUGCUGCCGUUGAGCUUGUUUCUACACAUCACGAUCCGAUUGGUGCUCGUUUCGUCCGUUUAUUUUAGGCGUAAGAUUUGUACUGGGAGUAUAUGAUAUAGCUGCUCCUGCUUAGUCCCGCCUGAAUCCAAGGGAAUCUGAAGGUUUUCCGACCAAUUCGUCUCGUUAGCCGGUUGCGCAAAGAUGGAGGGGAACUAACUAGCAGUCACUAUUCGAAUGUCAUUUCAUUACGAGUCCUUGUAUCCUCAUGAUAUGACUUUACAGUCUUCGCCUGCCAGUACCGGAGCGCCUUGUUCAGCAUCUAUAAUAGCAUCAUCUUCCAGUACUUUCUCCACAGUUAUGACGCAUGGACGUUUUCCUAAUUUGCUACCAUCCAUUGUUCAUCCUUUGAACGCUGAAAUCCUAUAUUCCAACCCGAUUUCCCAUUCUGGAGUAUCAGAACAACCAUUAGGGGGUAAUUAUCCUGGACUACCUGCUGAAACAACACAUUCUGCAGACCAUCUUGGUGGUUUACUGAAUAAUAAUGGCAUCGAUAGUGUUGACAAACAACCGGAUUCUGGUUCUGUUAGAGACCCUAAUGAAUCUGACGAAAGAGAUGAAUGGUUAACAUGCUUGGCGGGUUUGGAUGAUUUUAUUACCGCUGACAUGACCUCAAACUAUCCACAAAUGGCUGAAUCUGCGCAUGUUUCCUCACCUCUAAAUUCUGAGACAUGGCAGCAUGAGCACAUAGUCCAUCAAUUAGUUUCAGUUCCUACAAUUCCUGGGCAUUUGUAUCCUACUGUUUCUCCUCCAGCAACUACAAAUGUCCAUUCACCCCAGAGGACUAAAAUACGCAGACGAUGGACUACAGAAAUGCAUGAUCGCUUCAUAGAUGCCGUCAACCAGCUCGGUGGCUGUGAAAAUGCUAAACCUAAAGCCAUUCUUGACAUCAUGAAUGUUGAAGGUCUGACUCGUGAUCAGGUGAAAAGUCACUUACAGAAAUACAAAUUGGCCCAAGUUCGGCAUCACUCAUCUGAAGUUGGAGGCACAUCAGUAGAGACGACGACAUCUAAUGAAGCAAUACCUUCAGAUGUACAGAUACGCAUUCAAAAAUUUGCAUUACAGGUGCAGAUGGAACUUCAGAAGAAACUUCACGAGAUGGUAGAGAGGACACGUCAUGAUUUACUGGAGAUUCACAGAAGCAUACUCGAGAACCAUGUGAUGAGUCUCCACGAGCUCGAGGAGCGGCAGAAUCUCAACACAGACGGCCGCACAGUGCAUCUUCUUCCCAGUCCACCAGCAGCGGCCCCUUCAGUAGCUCUCUCCAGGAUGCCUGGGGAGGGAAGCGGAACUGCGGCGUCGGAUGAAGACGGCCAGGCGUCAGAGGCUGGCUUACUUGGCAACAAUGCAGGGGCAUGACUGCGUGACCAUCUGUUGAUCGACUCUUCAACGCCUGUUUCUUCUACAUGGCGUUUAUUUUUUGCUCGUGUAAAUAAUAGUAGAAUGGGCGAAAAAAGAGAGGCGUAGCUACGUGUAGUAGCAUCAGUUGGUAGCACGAGCUUUUGAACCCUGCAAUGAGGAUCUGUAAUUCUGUAUUUAAUGCUCUGCAGAAUCAAUUGCUGUAGUAUCGGCAUUUCACUUCAGAUGUACGGGUGUUUGAGAAUCUUAUCAUUUAGAAGUAUUAAAUAAAAUGUAAUUAUAAAAUUAAUGACAGAACUUCUGGAUUAAUUCGCGAGACGAAUCUAA